AUUAUAACUCCGACCUGCCUGCUUAACUCACUUUCGCAAAAUAUCUCCUUUCCUUGACUUUCAGCCUUCCAUUCUGGAAACCGUUUUUUUCUCGAGAUCUUUAGCAACCCGCCGUCCAUUCUCUGAACUCGCGUAUUUCCGUGCACGCCGUUCCCGAGCCAACUUUUCUCCUCCGUUCGAACGAGUAACGAAACGAGUUCACCACUGGAUAUUUUCCUCCCCUCCAUCAAUCUCCCUCAGCCUGUCAAUUCUUUCGCGCAUCGCCAGACAGAGAUUCUAGAGCAGCCAUGGGAAGCCUGCAACAGCAACCCCUCCCGCUCGCCUCGCCCGGCAAACCCAACCGCGACGGCACGUCGCAGACCUGCGAGCUCGCUAAUUCUGCCUCGGCGACAGCGCGCGACGUCGCAUGCUAUCGCUCGACCUCUCAGGCGACUCGCUCAGCGGGACCAUCUGGUAACCCGGAGUCCGUCUUUUCCGCUCGCCGCCUGUCUCGACCCUCCGCUCUGGCAAUUCCCCCCUCCUCCGCCCCGUCACUCGGCGGCGCGUCACCCGCUGACCCGUUCUCGUCCCCGCAAUCCCCGCCGGCUUUCGAGGCGUCCCGCCGCGACCCGUUCGCCGUCCUGCCGGACGAGCUCGCCGUCGAUAUCUUCGCGCGCGUCGGCUGCGGCGCCGCGGGCGUCAGCAUCCUCUCGCUGACGUGCAGGCGGUGGCGCGCUCUCACGCGUUACGUCCCGGCGCUGCGCUUCACCCCGUCUGACGUGGCUUGCCACGUGGCAGGCGAUGACCGAGCGGCUGCGGCGCAGCAGAUUACCUCCUGCCGCGCGCAUUCCGCGGCGGCGGCGGCGGCCUCUCCGGCGCGGCUCGAGGAGCUCGUGUCACGAAUUGUUCUUAAAACGCGGUCGUUGCAGCACCUCCACGUGGCGUCGGCGCUAGCAGCUGCUGCCUCUGACGGCUGCGGCGGCGGCGCCGCCGCCUGCUCUUGCGACGAAAACGGCGGCGCCGCGGAGCAGCAGCACGCGAAUCAGUUUCAAGGCGACGACAACUUGAACGGCUCCUGCAAUCUCUGCGGCUGCGACGCGGCUCGGCAGCAGCAGCAGCACCCGCGCGAGUUCAUCUUCGAGGCGUGGAUGCGCCACGUCGGAUCGCAAUUGCAGUCGCUCGUCCUGUCGCGGUCCCUCCAGGCUCCGCCUCGCGGCGGCGGCGGCGCCGGAUCUUGCGGCGGCUCUUGCGGCGGCUCUUGCGGCGGCGGUGGCGCGUUGACGGUGAACGUGUGGGAGAACGAGGAUCUCAGCGCGCACCUGCGCCACGUGGCACGCCACUGUUCAUCGCUGCGUUCCCUCACGUUAGGCUCCCUGUCGCUCUCCUCGGCCCUGCUGACGUAUCAACUGCCGCCGAUGCGCCACCUGGAGCACCUGUCGCUCUCCUGGAUUCACGCGUCCAAUGAGACGCUUCAAGCCGUCCUCGACGCUGCGCCGAACCUUCGCCGCCUCUCCAUUUUCAUGGCCACGGGCUGCCCGCGGAUAAACCUUCGCCUUCCCGCUACAGUGGAGCACGUCGAGCUCGCGUACCUGCGCGCCGAGUCGUGCGUGUUCCGCAACGCCCGCGCGCUUCGCUCCCUAUCUGUGCGAGACAUGUUCGUGCGCUCCGUCUCGGUGCGCGACGCGCCGGAUCUGCGCCACAUGGCGGUCGCCAGCGCGAGCGUGCUCGAGGUGGCGGCUCCUGAUUCGCCGCGCCUCGCGUCGCUGGACCUCAAGGCCGGGUCGUUCGGCUGGGCGGCGAUUAAAGCCCUGGUCCAAACCGCCGGGGCGUCUUUAAUCUCCUUCUCCCUAGAUUUCUUCUCCGCGGGAGCCGGCGCGAUCUCCGCUGGGGUGUUCUCCCUAACCUGGCUCGCAGCGUCGUGUCCGAACCUGAAGGCGCUCAGCUUCGGCGCGCUGCCCUGGCAGCUGGUCGUCUCCUGGGCAGCCGCGGCGGGCGCGUUCCGCGCGGAUGGCGGAAGCGCGGAAGGCGCGGGAGGCGGGGGUGGCGGGUUCGCCAUGUGCGCGAGUUACCCGUGGCCGCAGCUGGCGGAGAUUAGAGUGCGCGUGCAGGAGGAGAGACCCGAGGCGCUACUGCUGCUGCACACCAUGCUGUGCCGCAUGCCGUCCCUGCGCGCGCUGCAGGUGAGCCUGGUGGCUGGAGAGGAGGAAGAGGAGGAGGACGAGGAGGAGGGAUAUGAGGAGGGAGAGGAGGUUGAGGGGGAGGAGGUGGGAGAAGAAGAGGUGGAUAUGGAGGAAGAGGAGUGGGAGGAGGAGGAGAAGGAUGUUGAUAUGGUUGUGGGGGAAGAGGGCAGCAUGAGCGUUGAUGAUGCAGCAGCAGCAGCAGCAGCAGCAGCAGCAGCAGCACCUGCUAACUGUGCUACAGUCGCUGCUACAGCAGCAGGACAGGGCGAGUGCAUGGGGGCAGUGAAGCGGCAGGAGCUGUUUGUGAAGGGGCUCAUGUGCCUGCAGCAGCGUUUCUCACAUGUGCGAGUGUGCGUGCCGCCUGGUGCUCACAGGAGCAUCACCAUGUGAAGGCCAGCUUCACAGAAGACACCCCUUUUUAUCAGUAGCCACCUUGGCGGAUAGGCCGGCAGCGGCUGCUGAUUUUGGUAAUUUCUGGGCCGUCAGGUAGGGGGCAGGGCAGCUAAGUCUUCUGAUUGGCUGUUUCACCCACCCAGUAUUUCUAAUCUAGUAUGCCUUGCACCUUCUGCCAACUAGGCUCUAGCUAGAAUACUAGUGUAUUAACAUAGACACAUUAUAUAUAUACACAUACAGACAUACAUAGUGUAUACUGCGCUAAUACAUUUC